AUGAUUCUGCCCCCUGGCAUUCGAAAUUUAAGCCACAAUUUCUACCUGGCGUUUCCUCCAUCUAGGGUGCUGUUACUCGAGGCCGUGAGCGAGUGGCUUCGCUCAGAGAAUCCCGAAUGUAGGAUAUUCUCAACUAAAACGGGUGGCGACUGGGCCGCCUUUAUCAACCCGAAGAUUGUUACGCAAGGAGUUAUCAUUGUUCACGAGGCAGCCGCCGAUUCGCUCCGACGGUUCCCUGGGUUGCUCAAGCUGCUUUUGCAUAAGAGCAGUGCAACUUACGUCUUUUGGUGCAUUGGGGAGUCUCUCCAGCUGUCUCCCGCGUACCCAUCCAUUCGGUCUAUGCACAACGAGAUGCCAAAGCUGGGCACAUUUGAGUUGACGAGAUUUUUCCCUCACGGUAACGCAAUUUUAGUUACGCCAAGUUUUCUGGUCUCCGAACCACGCCGUGCCUUCCAACUCUUUCAGUGGUACAAUAGGACCUAUCAAAAGCCUAAUAACAACCAAAAGAUCGUGGCGGCGGCGGGCUUACGCGAGUAUCUGCGGGAUCUUGCGCAUGAGCGGUCCGCCCGCCGGGACGACUUGAUGGCGGAUGGUGACCUAACACGCCAGUGGUCAACGUCGAAGCGCGAGGAUAUAGCACGAAUUGCAGGAUUGAGCAAAGAAGAUUGCACAGCUCGAUUCGAGACAUGGGCGAUAGUGGAAGGCCUCCAGUCGGCUAUAGAGACAAGCAUUGUGCCGGAUGAGCAGGUUGAGGCCAUUGUCUUUGCUGAUGCAUCCAUUGAUGCCAACGACGAGCAAAGCUUGGUGAAUUGGUUCGGCUGUUGGUCCCAAACUCGUUUCGACCAGUUCCGCAAGUUCCACGUUUUAGGAACAGAUGGCACUUCCGACAAUAGCCACCUGAUCAAAGACGGCGAUAUUCCCAUAUAUCCGCCUGGGGCUGGGCGCGAUCGAGGAGCCGAACCAAACCCCGAUGUUGCUUGCCCGCGUCAGACCAUGUUAGGUUCCGACAAUAAUCUUGGACCACAAAGUGGAGGUAGUAAACUUCUUGGAGGCUUGUCUGGCCACCACUUCCUGAGCAAGUUGAAGGCAAUCGCUACUCGCAACGAACGUCCGAAAUUGUGUACAUUUGGGAAGCUCUUCGGCUUUGCUGUCUCCUAUUACGAAGACGUUGCCAACACAGCUGACUCUUAUGGAGACUUCCAUCGCGACUUUUCAACUUUCGACAAGUGGAUGGAGUGGCCCUGGCCGUUCUUCUCAAACUACCAGGAGCAUUUCAAGCAACCUCCGGCACCCUAUCAUCUGCCGCCGACAUUCAACACCUACUUCGCGGUUUUUUACACUCCUGAAGAUGACCAUCCAAGCAAACCACCACCGCGCCAUCCCUGGCUUGCGAUUUGGCGGGUUCGUGAGCCUUAUGCGGCUUGGAAAGGAACUGAGCUUUUUAUUUGGGACAUCGCGGCCAAGGACCGAUGUUCCACAUCGAACGAGGUCUACGAGUCCCAACUCUUGCAGGCGCAGCAGCACCUUAUACAGAUGGUACGGGGGCGAUCUGAAGACAAACAUCGGGGCCUUCCUCUGCUAGAGGUCUGGUAUGGUGGAUUCGAAACAGAGCCUUCGGAGUAUACCUUGCCAGUCGACGUCACGUUCCAUAACUUGGACGUGAUGAUGUCGGACUGCAAGCAAUAUCUUCCAGCGGCUGAUACUUUAUUACUGCGUAGGGGUUUCCGCAAGGUUUGUCCUGGCGACGCGCCCAUUGGGCACGGGCUUCAUGCCACAGACUCUUCAAUGGAUAUUGAUAUGAUUGGCGGCCAUCGAAACCAGGGCGGCGAGAGCAAGAUCAUCUUCUACCCGCCCAGAGCCAUGAAUCCGACAGGACAGAGUAGAUGUGAGAAUUUGUUCUACACCUGGGUGAUGAAUAUCGACAGACAAAAUCCUCGUCCCGCGUGGCCUUAUACGUUCAGACCGACCACCGAGUGGUACCAGCAGCAGGUUGCCGAGAACCGGCAUUUCGAGCACCUCAACGUUGCUACUUGGCAGCGGGUGUUUGAAGUCCUUAGGUUGCCAGUUGAGAAGAGCAAGGCGGAGUCGCAAGAGAGCGGCAAAAAGUGA